AGGCGCGCGGGUGCCAUGACGACUGCGCCGCGCGAUCCCCCUCCUUCCCCUGGCCGGGAGGCGCGAAGCGACCAGCAGCUGAGCCAGGCGGGCAGCAGCGCUGUGUGGUCAGUCCGAGGGGAGGGAAACUGGCCAGGGUCUGGGGCCUGGGAGUGCAUGCCCCCUGACCGCUCCCCGCCCGCCUCUUCCCAGACCGAGCUGACCUGCUGAGAGCGCAGAGGCAGAGGCGCGGGUCCGCACCCAAGUGCCCGCAGACUGUCCCCUCGCCCACCGGCCCGAAGGGGCCCGUCGUCUCCAGCCAUCGGAGAACGCUGGAGCCCACAACAGGGGGCAGCAUGGAGGGGGAGCCCUCCCAGCCUCCCAACAGCAGUUGGCCCCUAAGUCAGAAUGGGACUAACACUGAGACCAACCUGGCUGCAAACCUCACCUUCUUCUCCUACUACCAGCACACCUCCCCUGUGGCAGCCAUGUUCAUUGUGGCCUAUGCCCUCAUCUUCCUGCUCUGCAUGGUGGGCAACGCCCUGGUCUGUUUCAUCGUGCUCAAGAACCGGCACAUGCGCACUGUCACCAACAUGUUCAUCCUCAACCUGGCUAUCAGUGACCUGCUGGUAGGCAUCUUCUGCAUGCCCACCACCCUUGUGGACAAUCUCAUCACUGGGUGGCCCUUCGACAAUGCCACAUGCAAGAUGAGCGGCUUGGUACAGGGUAUGUCUGUGUCAGCUUCCGUUUUCACGCUGGUGGCCAUCGCUGUGGAAAGGUUCCGCUGCAUCGUGCACCCUUUCCGCGAGAAGCUGACCCUGAGGAAGGCGCUGGUCACCAUCGCCGUCAUCUGGGCCCUGGCGCUGCUCAUCAUGUGUCCCUCGGCCGUCACGCUGACCGUCACCCGUGAGGAGCACCACUUCAUGGUGGACGCCCGCAACCGCUCCUACCCUCUCUACUCAUGCUGGGAGGCCUGGCCCGAGAAGGGCAUGCGCAGGGUCUACACCACCGUGCUCUUCUCGCACAUCUACCUGGCGCCGCUGGCGCUCAUCGUGGUCAUGUACGCACGCAUCGCACGCAAGAUCUGCCAGGCCCCGGGACCGGCCCGCGGGGACGAGGAGGCGGCUGACCGGCGCGCGGCGCGGCGCAGGACGCGCGUGGUGCACAUGCUGGUCAUGGUGGCGCUGUUUUUCACGCUGUCCUGGCUGCCGCUCUGGUCGCUGCUGCUGCUCAUCGACUAUGGGCAGCUCAGCGCGCCGCAGCUGCACCUGGUCACCGUCUACGCCUUCCCCUUCGCGCACUGGCUGGCCUUCUUCAACAGCAGCGCCAACCCCAUCAUCUACGGCUACUUCAAUGAGAACUUCCGCCGCGGCUUCCAGGCAGCCUUCCGCGCCCGCCUCUGCCCGCGCCCGUGGGGGAGCCACAAGGGGACCUACUCCGAGCGGCCCGUGCCUCUGAGCAGGCGGGUCUUCGUGGCGGUGCGGCCCAGCGACUCGGGGUUGCCCUCUGAGUCCAGCCUGAGCAGUGGGGCCCCCAGGCCCAGCCGCCUCCCGCUGCGGAAUGCGCGGGUGGCCCACCACGGCUUGCCCGGGGAAGGGCCCGGCUGCUCCCACCUGCCCCUCACCAUUCCAGCCUGGGAUAUCGGAGGUGGUCCAGGGAGGGCGAGCCCCUGCCUGGGGGCCCCGACUGGACCCGAGAUACACGCAUGCGACAUUGGCAUGGUGUGAUUAGGAGGGGAUGCAUGGAGCCUCCCUCUCGAGAGCCAGGCAGUGGUGGGCAGCUGCUGGUGAUGUCUUCCCUGCUGCCUUCACCCUCAGCACAGGGAAAUGCGGGGGACAGGAAGGAGCCAAUUUGCCCCAAAACCCUUCUGUGUGGUGGGCUUGACAAACAUCAUCUCAUUCAAUUGUCACAACGCUUUGGAGACAGGUUUUCUUUUCCUCCUACAAAUGUAAAAACUGAGGCCUGGAGGGGAGACGUGACUCGUCCAAAGUUCUCAGGUGGAAAUGGCAUGCCAGCCUAUCUGAUUCCAGUGCCUGUGUGGUUUUUAUCGUCUCCAGCUGGCUCCAAAAGGGCCGAGUGAGGUAGGACACCACGAACUCAGUAAGUCCUAAUUAGGCAGCUAGGAAGAAGUGAAAAGCAAAGCCGGCCUAUCCCUUGAUGCUUGGUGUCCACGUGUGGGAGUCCCUCAUGUUGUUACUGAAGCCACUCCCCUUGAUCCUUUUCUGGAAGAACACGAUGUGCCUUCCUGCCGGCUCUAAUGUGUUGCUUUGUCUUGUUUGUUCCAAGAAGUUCCAAGAGGCCAUUGUCCUCAGAGCUGAACAGCUUCAGAACGAGCCUCGGGAAGGCUGCCUCAGUUGCAGUGCACUCUAGGUCUUGCCCUCUGAGUCUAGAGAACAGCGGAGGGACUCCCGGUUCCAUCGUCCAGACCCAGCCAAGAACUUUGCUACAGGCAGCUGCAGGGCCAGGGGAGGUGUCCCUGUACUUACUCAAAGACAAGGAGGAAGGGGGACACACGGUAUGCAUUUUCCACAUUGGGAAACACAUCUGCUCACUGGACUGAAAAUGCAAAGCCUUGCCCAAGGUCUCUCUCCCAGCUCUUCCUGGGAGGGAGAAGUUGGUCAACUGAAGCUGCAGCCAGAGUGCCCUCUGGGGACUCCUGAAGGACACACACUAAACUCCUCCCCACAUGAAUGACUUGUGUACCCUAAAGAGGUACCGGAGAGCCCCAUUUACUCCGGCUUUCUCCCAGCACCCCUGCAUCAACUUGAGGAAAUAUGGCUUCUCUCCAGGACACGGGAGGACAUGGGAUUGCCUGGGGGGGGUCCUUUCACAGGCCCCCUCAUAAGGCAGUUAACUGGACAUUUCCCCCAACCUCUAUAGAAAACACAGUGUUGCUAGAAAUUUAGUAAAUGAAAAAGAAAUGUUUCCAGGGGUCAGGGCUCUGAGGCUCUGUUCCCUUCACUGACACACGAUGACUGUUUACUGUUUGCUCCACUCUGAAUUCCAAGUAUAGGGCAGAAGAAAAUUCCUAAGCAGUUGUACAAUACAUUCUUCAAGUAUGUCUGCAGACACUGUCUCAUUUAAUCCAUACUAUUGAGGUUGAAGGAGAUUGAAUAUUAUUGUCAUUUCACAAAGUGACUGAGCUCAAAGGGGCCAAGUUCCCAGGGCCACAGAGAGUCCGGAUUUAGAUGAAACUGUCUUCUGAUUGUUCUUCCCACCCUGCAUGCUGCCUUUCAAGGAACGUGGACAUGAUGAGAGAACUGAAAAUUUCCCCAAAGAUUUUUUGCCUAACAGUGAACCAGAAUGCCCACUCCUGGUGCCCAAGCUCUUGGUCUGGAAAAGAAAUCUAUUGUGUUUACUCUUGACAUCUCUGAGCUGUUCUUACCCUUGUGCUGAGCAGGCUGCCAAGAGCCAUCAUGACCCUGUCCUGGUUCUGGGGGUGAUGGAUGAGAGGCUCAGAGAGGGUGUGCCAUCCUGCCCCUCAGUGGUAUUAGCUAGUGCCAUGUGGCCAGAGAGUUCCCAACUGGUUCUGGGCUAUUUAUUCUGAAGAAAUCUGACUCUAGGCUCUAAAAGUAGGCCAGAGAAAGCGCCAUUUCAAAUCCCAAAUGCCUGUCCCUAUGGCUGGGGGGAAACUGUCUGAAGACGCCAUCUGGUAUCUCCUCUGGGGCACAUUAGCAUCGCCUCUUCGAGUACAAAAUCAGCAUUUGAGGCUGGGGGCAGGUGCGGAUACCAAGAUACUCACUCAAGCCAACCUUUCCAUCACAUCCCCUUUGUCUUCCCUGAAAAAUGCCAUGCUUCGAAAGGAUAUAAUUGCCCAGAAAACUCCUGUGUGGGUCACAAUUCACAUAUUUUGCUGUUACUUUUGUUUUUUCUAAAAAAUUAAUCAGAGGCUGUAUCUGCCCAUUCGGAUAUGAAUGAUAAUGGGUGUGACUUCACACUUUAAUGAAGAGAGAUGCUGUGGGUAUAUGGGGAGUUUGUUUCUUUGUGGAUGUGGUAAAAUAUACACAAUGUAAAAUAUACCAUUUUGCCCAUUUUAAGUUUACACGUCUGGCAUUAAAUAUAUUCACAAUGUUGUGUAACCAUUACCACUGUCUAUUUUCAGAACCUUCUUAUCUUCCCAAACUGCAACUCUGUACCCAUACACAACAUCACCCCAUCCCUUCUCCUCCCAGCCCCUACUAUUCUACUUUCUGUCUGUGAAUUUGGCCACUCAAGAGGAAUCAUACAAUAUUACCCUUUUUGACUGGCUUCUUUCACUUAGCAUAAUGUCUUCAAGGUUCAUCCACGUUGCGGCACAUCCAUGUUGUGUCAGAGAUUUCUUUCAUUUUCAAAGCUGAAUCAUAGCCCGCUGUCUCGAUAGUCCCCAUUUUCUUUAUCCAUUCAUCCAUCCAUGGGCACCUAGGUUGUUUCUACCUUUUGGCUACUGUGAAUAAUGUAUGGAGUUUUUAGAUGCUGGAAAUAGUUCCUGACAACAGUACCUGUGUGAACCCUGAGGACAGAGACCCUAGGUUGGGAACCAGGGUCUCUCCCAGCUUGCCAUUUUAUGGGUGACAAAACAGAGGCUUCCAGGACAGCUGUGAUGUGUCUCACUCCCCUCAUGCCCACCCUAGUUGUUCUGGGCUUCUGCUGGGCUUUACUUCUUGACUAGAGUGGCUAGAAAACUUUACGUUUUUUCCAUGGGAUGUUUUUAUGAAGCUAUUUUAUAACUAUAGAUUUGUUAUCCUCACUGGAUUCCUAUGUUCUGACACCUGGACUCUUUCGGGGCUUUGUGCAGCCAAGACACCCAAGGGAAGCGGUGUGGACCAUUCCUGAUGUGCCAUGCUCCCAGGUUGGCUGGGUCUCCUAAGGUGACUGCCCUUUCAUAAGCAGAAAGUUCAGAGAUGAAUGGGAUGUGUGAUGGGGGAAAAGGGCCAGAGGCCUGUUGACACUGAGCAUUUCCACCCAGAGGGCCUCCUGGAGGGACUCUGUGUCCUGUCCUGCCAUGUGCAGCAUGAGUGGUCACCCUCAUCGUGGGUCUCCACUGAUGAAUGGCCUCUUGACUUUAGUAAGACCACGCAGCACCCAACAGACCAAUGUGAGCUGGAGGCGGAUGCCCGGCCUGGACCCCACAAACCACAGUCUGCCCGGCCCUGUGCUGAGGAGUCUCUCUUGGGGCCUGGAGGACGCAUGAGUUGAUUUGCGUUGGAAUGGAGGGCGAAGUUGGCAAAGGAAGACGAGAGCCCCCUAUCAUUAGUCUACUGUGUAUUCAUCCAGAAAGCAAGGUGAGAGCCAAGCCCAGGGCUGGAUGGACAAAGCAUUGCUAUUAAGCUCUGCACCUUUUUGCCUCCUUUUCCUCAGCUCACCCCUCAGAAGUGCCACUGAUGAAAGAUAGAUGAGGAGGAGGCAGCAGCCUAAAUGGGCUUCAUUACAACAAACAAUGUUGAAUGAACAAUGCAUUCCUUGUUGAAUAACCCAAUUAUUUACGAUCAUGGCAUUUUAUUGUUGUUUUUCUCUCUCUCUACAAAAGCCCUACAUAAUUAUUGUGGAAAUUUUACAAGAUUUCAAUAAGCAAAGACAAGAAAACGAAAAGCACCCAAAUCCUACCACAAGAGACAAGCAUAGACUCCUUUUCUGUGCAUAUAUCUCUCAAUGUAUUUAACAUUCUUGGAACAGCUUUAUUGAGGCAUAACUUAUGUAUGAAAAAAUUCGCCCAUCUUCAGUGUACUGCCUGAUGAGUUUUAACAAUUGUAUACAGUUAUGUCACCACCACACUGAAGAUAUUUCCAUCAUCCUAAAAUGUUUCCGUGUGCUAAUUUAUAGCCAAUUAUUCCCCGCAAGCUCCUGAUUCCAGAAAACAGUGAUCCAAAUUCAGAAUGUCAUAUAGAUGGAAUCAGACAGUUUGCAGCUGAGUCUGGUUUCUUUCACUUAAAAUGAUAUUUGCAAGAUUCCUUCAUGCUGUAGCAUGUAUCAGUAGUUUUGCCUUUUGAUUGCUGAGUUCUAUUCCACUGUAUGAAUAGAUCACAUUUUGUCUAUCCGUUCAUCAAUUGAUAGACAUUUGGUUGUCACCAGUUUUUGGCUCCUAUGACUAAUGCUGCUAUAAACAUUCCUUAUAUGUACAAGUCCUUAUAUGUCUUUGUAUGUAUGUUUUCCAUUUUCUUAGGUAGAUACCUAGGAUUGAGAUUGCUGGGUUGCAUGGUCUGUGUAUAAUUUAACUGUGUAAGAAACUGUUUUCCAGUGUGCCAAAGUGUUUCCAAAGUCGUUGUACCAUUUUGCACUCCCAUUAUGAGUGUAUGAAUGUUCCAGUUAUUCUACAUCCUUGCCAACACUUAGCGGUAUCAGCCUUUUGAAUAUUUCUGGGCCAUCUGGACACAGUGGCUCACUCCUGUAAUCCCAGCACUUUGGGAGGCCCAGGCUGGUGGAUCACCUGAGGUCAGGAGUUUGAGACCAGCCUGGCCAACAUGGUGAAACCCUAUCUCUACUAAAAAUAUAAAAAUUAGCCAGGUGUGGUGGUGCACACCUCUAGUCCCAGAUACUUGGGAGGCUGAGACACAAGAAUCACUUAACCUGGGAGGUGGAGGUUGUGGUGAGACGAAUUGGGUCACUGCACUCCAGCCUGGGUGACAGAGCAAGACUGCAUCAAAAAAAAGGGAAAUUUUCCCUGAUGACUAGUGAUGCUGGGCAUCUUUUUGUGUGCUUAUUGGCCAUUCUAUAUCUUUUAUUGUAAAGUGUCUUCAAAUCUCUUUUAAAAACAUGAUUUUUGCUGAGCAUAAUGGCUUGCGCCUGUAAUCCCAGCACUUUGGGAGGCUGAGGCGGGAGGAUCACCUGUGGUCAGAAGCUCGAGACCAGCUUGGCCAACACGGUGAAACCGAAACCCCAUCUUUACCAAACAUACGAAAAUUAGCAGGGUGUGGUGGUACACACCUGUAAUCCCAGCUACUUGGGAAGCUGAGGCAGGAAAAUCACUUGAACCUGGGAGGUGGAGGUUGCAGUGAGCUUAGAUGGCGCUGCUGUACUCCAGCCUAGAUGACAUAGUAAGACUCCAUCUCAAAAAAUAAUAAUAAUAAUGAUAAAAACAUGAUUUUAUUAUAGAGGCUUUAGCACAAAAAUUUGCCCUAAAUCUAAGAGGUAUUUUGUGUGUGUGUGUGUGUGUGUGUGUGUGUGUGUGAACAGAUGACUUUUUCUUUUUGAGAUGGAGUCUCCCUUUUGUCGCCCAGGCUGGAGUAUAAUGUUGUGAUCUCAUCUCACUGCCACCUCCGCCUCCCAAGUUCAAACAAUUCUCCUGAGUAGCUGUGAUUACAGGUGCCCGCCACAACACUCAACUAGCUUUUGUAUUUUUAGUAGAGACAGGGUUUCACCAUGUUGGCCAGGCUAGUCUCGAGUUCCUGACCUCAGGUGAUCUGCCCGCCUCGGCCACCCAAAGUGCUGGGAUUACAGGUGUGAGCCACCAUACCCAGCCAAUGAUUUAAAAAUUCAUUAAGAAUGUGUCUAAAGCAAAGUAAGAGGAUAUAGUGUGAUAGAAGAAGGAGGGCUAUUUGAAUAGAAGGCUAGGAAUGGCCACUGUGAGGAGGUGAUGUUUGACUGCACAUAUGAAGUGAGAGAGGGAGCCAUGUGAAUAGCUGGGAAAAAAAACAAACCAAGACAGAGAGAGCAUCAUGUGCAAAGGUCCUGAGGUAGGAGUGGGAUAACUGAAAACGGAAGUAGUAGAUAUCAAAAUACUAUUGAAUUUCAAUAAUUAAAUUUCUGGUUAACCCAAAAAUGUACUUAGUGUCUAUUAAAAGCCAAUCAUAGGCCAGGCAUGGGGGCUCACGCCUGUAAUCCCAGCAAUUUGGGAGGCCAAGAUGGAUCACUUGAAGUUGGGUUUUGAAGACCAGCUUGGCCAACAUGGUGAAACCUCAUCCCUACUAAAAUGCAAAACUUAGCCGACAUGGUGGCAAUCACCUGUAAACCCAGCUACUUGGGAGGCUGAGGCAGGAAAAUUGUUUGAACCUGGGAGGCAGAGGUUGCAGUGAGACAAGAUAGUGCCACUGAACCCUAGCCUGGGUGACAGAGUGAGACUCUACCUCAAAAAAAAAAAAAAAAAAAAAAGCCAGGCGUAGAUAGUACUACAUACUUUCUGUUAUUUAUUUCUCACAAUGAACCAUAAGCUCCAGGAAGACAGUAACUAUGUUCACUUACCUUUGUGGAUUCAGCUAGGAUAUUGUCUGGUGCAUAGGAGGCACUUAAUAAACGUCUGUUGCAUGAAUGAAGUAAUGAACUAAGCAGGUGUUUAUUAUUAUUCCCAUACUAUAGAUUGGAAAAGCAAGGUCCAAAGAAGUAAAGUAACUUAUUCCAGGUUAUGUAACUGAAAGUAAGACUCAAACCUUAGUCUAUCUGACCACCAAGCCCAAGUUUUUGCCAUUCCCCAAGCUACUGUGCUCUCUCCUUCCUACAUCUGGGAAACUGAGAUUCAAAGUGAAAGAAAGAGGCUUUAUGGAGGUCUCCCAUUAUUCUAAAAAUAAAACCAGCCAGCCACAGGCUCCAGGCUGCUGUUUUGGCCAUGAGACACAUUUACAGCACUUUCAAUGGCUUCCAAAGAUUUGGGAUAGAAGGAAUACCAGCAGUUUAGGUAAAAGGUUUAAAUUUAGUUUGACUCAAUACCACAUCAAGCCCUCAAAGCAGCCACGGGCUCCCCUGACCUGUGGUCACUGAGGGAGCAAAAGCUGCUAACUGGCUGUAGAGUCCUGCCUUGAGCUGUUUGUGUUCUCCUGCUAGCUGCAAUGCCCAGGCCUGUGAAUCCUGUCACCAACAAAUGAUGCUGUGGUCAUGCACAAGCCAAAUUAAUGUGGGUGGAAAAACCCAAGCUUAGUGAUUUGGGCAAAUUAGUUUGUCACAUAGCCAGUGGUGGUGUUAAAUCACUCUCUGUUUGAGGAGUAAUCACUCUCCCCCCAUCACCACCCUCUCUGUCUUCCCUUCUGUGUGGAAGUUAGAACAGCCAAGUAAAUCUGUUUCAGUGGCGGAGCAAUCUACAUUUCUGUGUUUUGACUGCCCCCCAGGAGAAGUAUUUUGUGUAGCGUAUUUUGUUUAUCCAGAGUGCUGUCUCUGAAGCCACCUCCAAUGAUCAGAAUCACCUCUUUAACUCUUCUCUUGUCCAUGUCUUUGCAAAAUGAUUCUGUUACCUAUGCUAUAAAUUACGGAAAAUAAACUCAUAAUGAAAGA